GUGCCUUUAUUUGCUCACAGUCAUGGGUCAGUCCUUCUCUGAUACAUCUAAGAAAGAUGCUGAUGCAGACUCGGUGUACAGAAGCUUCACUGAAUAUUUUAAGAAGAUUAAGGUAGAAAACAAAAUCAUUUCUCCAGAAACUAUCCAGUCAAUUGAGUUAAACCUAAAAAAGGGAAACAUUCAGGGAGCACACUCUGUAAUCAGGGCUGCAUUAAAAAAUAUUGAUAGUGUCACAAUAAGCAUUGCUGUGACAGGAGAGUCUGGGGCAGGGAAGUCCAGCUUCAUCAACGCUCUGAGGGGUGUGAAAGAUGAUGAGAAAGGUGCAGCUGAAGUUGGGGUAACAGAGACAACUAUGAAGAUAACUUCAUACAAACACCCCAAAAUUAAAAAUGUGGAUAUUUGGGACCUGCCUGGUGUUGGAACUAUGAAAUUUCCACCAAAAGAUUAUCUGAAGAAAAUGGAAUUCCAAAAGUAUGACUUCUUCGUUAUAGUUUCUGCCACACGAUUUACAAAACAUGAAAUAGACCUUGCCAAAGUAAUCAGACUGAUGAAAAAGAAUUACUACUUUGUGAGAACCAAGGUGGACUUUGAUCUAGAUAAUGAAAAGAAACGCAAAGCAUGUACUUUUGACCAAGAAAAUAUUCUGCAGCAAAUCCGAAGCUCCUAUCUGGAUACCUUUCGUGACAAUAAAAUUGAUGAACCACGAAUUUUCUUGAUCUCUAACCACAAUUUAUCUGACUAUGAUUUUCCAGUCCUGAUGGACACCCUGAUAAAGGAUCUUCCUGUUCAAAAGCGCCACAGUUUUAUGCUUUCCUUGUCCAACAUUACAGAGGGAGCCAUUGACAAAAAGUACAGCACUUCAAAGCAGUUUAUCUGGUUGGAAGCCCUCAAGGAAGGCGCUUUGGCUACUAUUCCUGCACUGAACACCCUCCAGGGCAGUGAUAUGGAAAAGCUAGAAGCAAUUCUAAACCACUACCAAGUCCUCUUUGGAGUGGAUGAGGAAUCCCUGGAGGUCAUUGCUAAUGAUUCCCAAGUGCCUGUAGAAAAACUGAAAGAAAAACUUAAAUCCCAUUCUUUGUUGGAAACUAAGAAAGAAGAAACAUUAGAAAAAACAUUUUUGAAAUAUUUGGAGAAAUUUGCCUCAGCUACUGGUGGGCUCCUUGCUACAGGUCUUUACUUUGGGAAAACCUUUUACUUGCAUCAUUUCUUCCUUGACACAGUGACUGAAGAUGCCAAAGUUCUCCUUAGAGAGACAUAUUCAAAAGAUUAGCUCAAAUUCAACUCACCCACAGCUACUGACCAUGGCACCAUCAAAAGGUUAACUCCAGGGAGUCACAGAUAAAUUCACCUUCUGAUAUGUUUUUCUUUACAUUAG